AUGGCGUCGGCUGGGCGCGGCGGGCGGGUGGGCGGCGGAGCGCGGUGCGGCGGCGGCGGCUCCUCUCGGGUGUCUGGGCGCGGCGCGGACUCCGGCGGCAGAAAGGGAAGCGGCGAGGGCGCGAGCCGGGCGGAAGCGCUGCCGACGUCACGGCCGCUGUGCCCGGAGGAGGAGGAAGCGGUUGCUAUGGCGGGAGCCCCGCGUGGCGACGCCCUGGCCCCGCGCGCACGCGCGGGCGGGGAGGGGGCACCCGCAGCCCAUACACACGGCCCCCUCCUGCCACCCGGUAGAACUGCCCAAUCACAGGGGAGCCGCCGGCUGAUUGACGCUUCGGCCGACCAAUGGCGGCGCCCUCUUAAAGAGGUCCCUUGGAAGGGCCAGAGAUGCCAGAUGUAUCCGGACUGUGAAUCUGCUGUUCUUGAGGCAGAGAGGAGCAGUGGCACACAACUGAGAACCAGGUGUCAAGGCUGCCGUCUCUCAGCUUCUCCUAUAGCGAGGCUCCCAGUAUAUAGGACCAUUUCUUCCCUGGGGAAAUUUCACAAGUAUGUGUUACAUAGAUUGGUGGGAGAAUGUUGUGCAAGUCUUUGUGGACAGCUCAAAGGUUUUUUCAGCUGGAGUGCCUUUAUGGCAUCAGUUAUUCAUUGGGCCAGUGACAGACUGGCAUGUGAGAAGAAACUGAAGCCCUGGGUUUCUGAGACAGAACAGGGCUGGCUGAAGAGGCAUGCUGUGGCAUCGAAGCAGAAAUUACCAUGUGAUCACUAG